CCACUGAUUUCAUCCCAAAGAAGAUACACACAUUCUCUCUGACAACAUCAAUCUCCGUAGAGAAUAAUGGAAGCUCAGUCACUGAUCCUCUCUCUCCUUAUCCUCUUCCUCUCUCUCGUGACCGUCUUCUUUCCGAGGAGGAGGCCGAAGCUGAAUCUCCCGCCGUCUCCGGCCAAAUCUCUGCCGGUGAUCGGACACCUCCACCUCCUGAAGCUGCCGCUCCACCGCACUUUCCUCCGCCUAUCGGAAUCCCUCGGCGGAGCUCCGGUGUUCUCCCUCCGCCUCGGCAACCGCCUCGUCUACGUCGUCUCGUCCCAUUCCGUUGCCGAGGAAUGCUUCACCAAGAACGACGUCGUUCUAGCGAACCGGCCGGAGCUCAUCCUCGGGAAACACGUCGGCUACAACUCCACCACCAUGGUCGGUGCUGCUUACGGAGACCACUGGCGAAACCUCCGCCGCAUCGGCGCCGUCGAGAUUUUCUCUUCUCACCGGAUCAAUGGCUUCUUGUCCAUCCGUCGGGACGAGAUCCGUCGCCUCAUAAUGCGCCUCUCCCACAACUCUUUACACGGAUUCACGAAGGUGGAGAUGAAAUCGUUGCUGGGGGAUUUGACGUUCAACAACGUCAUCAGAAUGGUGGCCGGAAAGAGAUACUACGGCGACGGAGUGGAGGACGACAAGGAGGCCAAGCGCGUCAGAAUUCUUCUCUCCGACGUCAUCGCCAGCGGCGGAGCAGGUAACGCCGCCGACUAUUUCCCCGUCCUCCGUUGGGUCACCGAUUACGAGACACGUGUCAAGAAGCUGGCGGGAAGGGUCGACGAGUUCUUGCAGGGAUUGAUCCACGAAAAACGGGUCCAGAAGGAGAAGGGUGACACUGUGAUCGAUCACUUGCUCGCUCUUCAACAAUCCCAACCUGAUUAUUACACCGACCAAAUCAUCAAAGGGAUUAUGCUCGUACUGAUACUAGCGGGGACCGACACGUCAGCAGUUACGUUAGAGUGGGCGUUGACGAAUCUAUUGAACCAUCCGGAGAAGCUGAAGAAGGCGAGAAACGAAAUCGACAAUAAAGUCGGUUUAGACCGGUUAAUAGACGAACCGGACAUCUCUGAUCUUCCGUAUCUACAGAGCAUCGUGUCCGAAACAUUACGUCUUUACCCAGCAGCUCCCAUGCUGCUUCCACACAUGGCGUCCGAGGAUUGCACGGUCGCCGGCUACGACAUGCCACGGGGCACGAUCUUGUUGGUAAAUGCAUGGGCCAUACACAGAGAUCCCAAGUUGUGGGAAGCCCCUGCUGGUUUCGAACCGGAGAGGUUCGAGAAGGGAAAGGAGACUCAGAAGCUGAUGCCAUUCGGGCUAGGACGGAGGGCUUGCCCUGGAGCCGGGCUGGCUCAGAGGCUCGUGGCCUUGGCUUUGGGGUCUCUGAUUCAGUGUUUCGAGUGGGAGAGGAUUGGCGACGAAGAGGUGGAGAUGGUGGAAGGCAAAGGGACCACCAUGCCGAAAGCGACUCCGUUGCAGGCCAUGUGCAAGUCACGUGCCGUCGUAUGGAAGCUUCUAGAUGGUAGUGUUUGAUGAUGUUGAUGUGGGAUGUGAAGUAGUGGUGUGUAAUGAAUGGGUGAUAUGAUUAGGUAAUAAGGAGUCAAGCCUUGAGCCUUUUUCGUUAUGAGUUGUUGCAUAAUGUAAUGUUUGUUUACGAUAACGUCAUUUCCCUUUCUAAUUUAAAUUUGACGAAA